CCCACGGAAAGAUAUCAUUCUUGACUGAUACUCAUCAUCAUGUCCCUUCAAGUAGACGUCGCUCAGAAUCCCUUCCCUUGGUCGGUCGCCUUGCUCGCGUCGCACCAAAACAUCCAGAUCGACUGGUUGGCCGGCAAGUUGCAGUAUGACGGCAAGACCACCGUAGAGGAUAUCGAGGGUGCUUUGGCCGGCAAGCUCAAGGGAAAGGAGACCGCUCUGCCUAGCCUCCCUACCCCCUUGACCCCGACGACUCCUUUCCAAGAGGUUCCCGCCAUCUUCAACGCCUUGGACGAUCACCUCGCUCUCAGGACUUUCUUGGCUGGACGUCAACCUGGUUUCAACGAUUUCAAAAUCUGGGCGAGCAUCAAAGCCUCCUUGAAGGCCCUCGGAGUGCUCAAGCAGAACAAGCACGUCCACCUGACCAGAUGGUACAACUACAUCGAUGCCCUCCCCGCUACCCAGGAGAUUGUCACUGGGUUGUUCAACUCCAAGUCUCAGACCGCAAAGAACGCCAAGGCCGAGACGAAGAAGGCAGGAACUGUCGAGGCUGAAUUGCCCAACGCCGUUGAGGGCAAGGUCACUGUCCGAUUCGCUCCUGAGCCUUCAGGUUACCUCCACAUCGGUCACAUCAAGGCCUGUAUCCUCAACCGGUUCUUCGCCGACAAGUACAAGGGCAAGUUCAUCCUCCGUUUCGACGACACCAACCCGGAAAAGGAGGAGGACGAGUUCGAGUCGUCAUUCGAGGGAGAUUUGCAGAUGCUCGGUGUCGGAUGGGACAAGGUCGUCCACACCAGCGAUCACUUUGACAAGAUUCAGGACUUUGCUAGGAGAUUGAUUCAGCAAGGUGACGCGUUCAUGGACGACACCGACCAGCAGACCAUGCGUGACCAACGUAAAGCCAUGGUGCCCUCGAAGCGAAGGGACGAGUCGAUCGAGGACAACAUGAAGCGAUUCGAAGAGAUGCUGAACGGGACCGAAGAAGGUCAAAAGUGGUUCAUGCGAGCCAAGAUCGACCACCUCAGCCCGAACGGUUCGCUCCGAGACCCCGCCGUCUACCGAUGCGUCAACAAGCCUCACCACAUCACCGGUGACAAGUUCAAGGCUUACCCGAUGUACGACAUGGCCUGUCCCAUCGUCGACUCUCUUGACGGCGUCACCCACGCUUUGAGAGCCAACGAGUACGCGGACAGGAAGCCCCAGUACGAAUGGUUCUUGAAGAAGCUCGGGUUGGCGCACAUCGAGAUCUUUGACUUUUCGAGGAUUGAUUUCGUGUACACGGUCUUGUCCAAGCGAAAGCUCAAGUACCUCGUCGAACAAGGCCGGGUGGCUACUUGGGAGGAUCCGAGGUUCCCUACAUUGCGAGGUAUGCGAGCCAGGGGUCUCACUGUCGAAGCUUUGAAGGGGUUCAUCGCCUCGCAGGGUGCCUCUUCGAGUAAUUUGUUGAUGGAGUGGGAUCAGCUCUGGGCUUGGAACAAGAAGGUCUUGGACCCGAUCGCUCCUCGAUUCUGGGCUGUCGCUGAGGAAGACUUGGUCAAGGUUCACGUCAACGGAGGACCUGCCGAGCCCGAGACCAAGACUUUACCCGCUCACAAGAAGAACCCCGAGAUCGGAGACAAGAAGACCGUCUUCUCCUCCGACUUGCUCAUGGAGCAGUACGAUGCCGCUCUCUUUGGCGAUAACGAGGAGAUCACUGCUAUGGACUGGGGUAACGCCUAUGUCAGGAAGAUCGCCAAGGCCGAUGGCGGCAAGGUCGACAGCCUUGAGCUCGAGCUCCACCUCGAGGGUGACGUCAAGAAGACGUCUAAGAAGGUGCACUGGUUGCCCCAGCCUGCGAGCGAUUUGGUCCCGGUGACCUUGAUUGACUAUGACUACCUGAUCAACAAGAAGAAGAUCGAGGGAGACGACGACUUCACCGCCGUCUUGAACCCCGUCACUGAAUACCGCGUCAAGGCUUUGGCCGAUGCCAACGUGGUCGGAUUGAAAAAGUUCGACAUCAUCCAGUUCGAGAGGAAGGGAUUCUAUAUCUACCAGGGAACCAAGGAUAGCGAAGGCCGAAUGGAGUUUGGUUUCAUUCCCGACGGACGAGCUAGCACCGUCGCCUUGAAGGGCAAGCCUUUCGAGGAAGACACGACCAAGGCUGUUGGCAAGCCAGGUGAAAAGGGUUGGGGCAAAGAUAUGAAGGCCACCAAGGACGUCAAGAACAAGCCCAAGGAGACCCCGGUUUCUACCGCAGCGACAAGCGAAGAGAAGCCUUCCGAGAAGGCUGCUUCUGAAACUGCUGAGGGCAAGGUCUACCUAUCCGAUGCUACCCGGGGAUUCGAGAUCGUCUCCAAGGACAAGAUGUACAAGGUCGACAGGAUCUAUUACAACGAUAGCGGUAACGAAGAGGUGGUCACGCCGAACGAGAACGUCAACAUGUACAAGGUCAAGUCGGUGUACGACCCCUAG